GGCCUGCUGGCCUGUUUUUGCUUGCCUGAAUGCUGACUGUAUUUUUCGCAACUUUCUAAGUAUUGAGAUGUUGAGUGAAUGACUUGAAAUAAACAGAUAUAGAGAAUAAAUACAACAGACAACUCACACGUUCUUUUCUUUCUUCCCUCCAAUCGCAGCCACAGGAACAAGUCUUCAGGCUGGCCUCAUCCGUCAGGGACCUGGAGCUUGAACCAGGGAACACCUUAUGGAUGGGAGAUGACGGCAAACAGAGAUGGAAGGGACUACUUCAUCAAUCACAUGACACAAUCAGCCACAUUUGAAGACCCUCGAAUAGAGAGCUGCCAAAUAACCCCUCCAGCCCCUCGGAAAGUGGAAAUGAGGAGGGAUCCUGUGCUAGGAUUUGGUUUUGUGGCUGGUAGUGAAAAGCCAGUUGUUGUACGCUCAGUAACACCAGGCGGCCCCUCUGAAGGAAAGCUUAUACCUGGGGAUCAGAUCAUAAUGAUUAAUGAUGAGCCCGUCAGCACUGCUCCGAGGGAAAGAGUCAUCGACCUUGUCAGGUAGAUGAUGUCCUGUCACUUAAACUAUGAACCCACUGGCUUACUUCCUGUGCCGUUAUUUGAUUAUACUGCAGACUUGCCUUCUCAGGGUGGGAAAAAGAGAAAAUAAUGUUAUUUCAGUCAUAAUGAAUAAGGGUGAGAUAGUCCAGAAUGGAAAUGAAGUAUCUUUUUAAAUGUCCUUUGGGUAGCUGUAAAAAUAUAAUAGGGUAUUGGAACAGUUCCAAAAUGCUUGAGUAUCAAAAGAGGAAUAGUAUUCUCUGGGCAUUUUCUUUUGGUAUGAGUUAUUGAAAAGAUAAAUCCUGGAGCUAAGCAGCUUCAGUCAUUGUUUGUGCAUUUUUUACAAAAAGAAAGUCGAGACAGUCUGUUGUAUGUGAAAAGUAAAGAAGAUGUGUUGAGGGAAUUUUGAUGUGAGUGACCAGCGGAGAUAGGAGUAUAUAGAGAACCUCAAAGAGUGGUACAUGUUUGGGUGGAUUGCUGGUAAAGAGUUUGUGUGAGGAGAGCAGGCAGGGCUGUGUAAAUAUGAGGCAGAAAACAAGAAGAAUGUGUGACUGGAUACUUCAGGAAACGAAAAGUGUCAAUAUUUAUAAUGGGCCAUAGAAAGAAAGGAAAGAGAAACUGAAAAAUGCUCAGGGUGAAGAA